AUGGCGCGCUGGCGCUUACGCUUGGAGGAUUUUGGACGGCGCCAGGAGGGCUUGUCGCAGAUCAGCGAAGCAUGGCACCAGCCACGCUGGGCGGCCAAAGCCAAGGGACUCAAAGGCGAUGAGGACCGACCCCUCAGCAGCAUGUCCACGCGCUGCCCCUCCCGCACCACCGGCACCGUGGCCUCCACGCCGUGCCCCUCGACGCCCCGUGGCGUUCUGUCGCCCACACCGCGGCUGUCGCCCACGCCGGGGAUGUCACCGCGCACGCCCAGCCCGACAAGUUUGCCGCAGGGCCUUUCCAGCCCUCCACCGCCAAGUGUGCGGGUAGGCGGCGAGCUCUGGGCGGCACCGCGGCGCACCGAGAAGCGGCGCAACUCCGAGGGCGGCAAAGGCGAUCUGCCGCUCACCUACAGUUUGAUGCCCGAAACCCUCGGGGUAGGGAACCUGCUGCCGAGCUACGAGCUCUGGGUAACGCUACAUGGAGGAAACGGCCGGUGGCAGCAGGUGCGGGCGCAACACCACUGGGCCCAGAUGCUGGUGGAAAAUGAGGAGGCAGAGGUGAUUCGCAAGCAGGAGGCCGAAAAGCAGCGCCUGCGUCGCGCUGAGGCUGCACGGCAGCGCCGAGCGGAGGAGGAAGAGUUAAGCCGCCGAGUGGAAGAGGCCGAAGCCGACAAGAAGCGGAGAAAGGAGGAAGAGCACCGGCUGCAGCUACAGCGCGAGGAAGAGGCACGAAAGGCUCGGCUGGAAGAAGCCCGUUUGCUGGAGUCCAUGAAGCCUCGGAAAUGUCAGAAGUGCAAUGGCACGGGGCGCUGCAGCAACUGUCAGGGAGAAGGGUCGGUGGAUGUCCUGUUCCUUGCCCCACAAGUUGGCAAGAGGCACAUGCCGAUUCCUCAGGGCCGGCGGCCCAGAGGCUGCAGGCAGUGCGGCGGCGUGGGCGACGGCAGUCUGGCGCGGGACUUCGGGCCGGGCAGCGGCAAGUGCGACGCCUGCCACGGGGAGCGCCUCAUUCAGCCUCCGCCAGGCGGCUUCAAGACCCCUGCGAAGCCCGAUCCGCCGGCGGAGAAGGUGCAGGCCAAGAAGGAGGCUCAACAAGAUGAACGCGUGAAGGAUGGCUGUUCCAAGACAUGGUGGAUCUUUCUGUGCUCGACCUAUGGAUUCGUCUACUUCAGUACAGACCAAUAUGCCCCGAGUCUUCCACAGAUGGGUGUGGACCUGUCAGGGUCUCAAUGGCUCAUGAGUGCAACCGUGCAAUUCAAUUUUAUCACAAAGGCACUCAUGGGGCUGGUGAUAGCUGGCAUCUCUGAUCACGUGGGUCGUCGACCUGUGAUGGUCGGCUGUUUGUCUUUGUUGGCGAUGGCCAGUUUUUGCUGUGGAUGUGCUCCCAACGCUGACUGGUUUCUGGCUUCGCGCUUUCUACAGGGUCUCGGAGAGUCAGUGGAGCCUGUGGUCUUCGCGACCUGUCGGGACUACUUCGCAAAACCCGAGGAUCGCAUGAUGGUCAUCACAGGAGUACAACUUGUUGGUAGUGUAGCACAGAUGGUGGCACCAAUUUUCGGAGGCUUUUCGAGUAUAGUCUUUGGUUGGCGUUUCUCCUUUUUCUGCUUGGCGCUGCUUUGGGGAUCUCAUGCUGCCUAUGCGGCCAGAUACAUGCUUGAAAGCUGCCCCGAUAGCAGUGGAGAGAAAGAGGAGGGUAGUUAUUUCUUCGGCCUCCGCAAAAUCUUCACACCAGGUCCCCUCUGCCUCCUUUUCACCGAAUGCUGUGCAGUGGUCCCUUUUAUGGUCUUCACUUCGAACAUCGGCUACGUGACCCAGGUGAACUAUGGUCAAUCUCCCAUCACAACAUCCUUCUGCAUGCUAUCUUGGGCGGUCAUCGAUGCCAUAGGUGUCAUUGGAACACAAUGCUUGCAGUCGACCAGUGGGCUGUCCAUCCCUCAAAUGAGCCGGAUCAUGAUGGUUACCUUCGGUCUCGCGGGCAUUCUGUCCCUGUUUCUGGGAAGCUUUUUGGAGGAAAUGUGGGCGUACCUCACCGCAUCUUUCUUACAAGGCAUGUUGUAUUCACCUGCGCUGGUUCUUUUGAACGUCUUAUACUUUGAACCCCUGGAAGAUUGCGCGGGGUUGGCCGCUGCUUUUGAGAUUGUGGCACAAGAUUUUCUGCCCACCCUCUACUCCAUGGUUUGCACGCAAUCUUUGAUCCAUUCAGGGGUCAAAAGCUAUAUGCAGCUGCAAUCAGCGGGUUUCGUGGCUACUCCAGUCUUUUAUCUUGGCUAUGAAUUGGUCCAACGGGUGCCGUCCCCACCUGUUGCCUUUGAAAGCGAUGUCUACAAGGAUCCUGACCGUGGAUAG